CGCAAACCCAAACAGCUUCAACCAAGCCAAGUAAUACCUGAACAACUGCGUCGUCAAAUAAACGCAAACUCCUCCUCUUAUACCUGCAUUUCACCUGAGCAACCGCCCCCCGCCAUGGAUGACAGCGAACUCAGCAUCAACGCACAAGACGUCGAGCGCCUCACGGACCGCGAAAAGCGGGAGCUGCAAGGCUUUCUCCAAAGCGAGUCGCAAAAAGCCCAGGUUCAGAAACAAAUCCACGAAUUGACCGAGUUGUGCUUCAAGAAAUGCAUCACGGGCUCGAUAUCCUCGGGGAAACUGGCCGGCAAGGAAGAGUCCUGCAUGACGAACUGUGUGAACCGCCUGUUCGAUUCGAACAUGGUGAUUCUGAAACAUCUCGAGGCAUUGAGGGCGAAUCAGUGAUCUCGACACCGUGUCAAUGAUGGUGCGGAGAUGAGACCUUCCUCGCGAACGCAUUCGAUCAUCAGUGUGCUUUGUACAGAAUAACAGGGAAAUAGCAUGAGAUGUGAAAGGUAUCGGUUAGGAAAAGAUGGCUCUACAAUGCGUUUGGAUUGCUCCGGCGGGCAGCUGGCUUGGAUUGAGCUCGGCCAGGCAGGCUUUUUGCUCAUUUGUAACAACGACAUCCUCCCAUGCUUCAUGAUGGAGCGGAAAGCAAUUUCAUCUCGGAAAAGCAAUUGAAGAAUUUCUGCUCCUAUUUUGGCGACGCCGAUUGUCAAUCACAACUCGAGAUUCUCUAUCGAGCGUCGAUUGGGACCUUGGCUGAAUCAUGCCCUUGAUACCGAUGCAAUCCGUAGAUGCCAAAUGGACGGGCUCUCCUCAUUUCCCGGCCAAUCCAUC